AUAUUGAUAGCCAACGUCUUUUCUUAACACUGCAGGGAUUGUACGAGGAGAUGGCAAACAAAAUUGAUGUUGUAUGCAAGGCUGGGACAGUCUCAGAUCAAGCAAAAUUAGAAUACAAAGGAUUUUCCAAAUGGAAUUCAUAUUCAUCCAAGAAAAACCAUACUGCUAUCUUGCAGAUACUAAUCGACAACAGAGAUGAAGAGACAAAGGACAUUGACGGAGUAAGACUGCCAACGUUGGUCUAUGUGGCUCGGGAGAAGCAUCCUGAGCACUUCCAUAAUUUCAAAGACGGGGCGAUGAAUGCAUUGCUCAGGGUGUCCUCAGAGAUCAGCAAUGCGCCAGUAAUUCUGAAUGUAGAUUGUGAUAUGUACUCGAACAACUCAAACGCGAUUCAAGAUGCUCUUUGCUUCUUUAUGGAUGAAGAAAGAAGUCGUGAAAUUGCUUUUGUGCAAUUUCCACAAUCUUUCGGAAAUGCCACUAAAAAUGAAGUUUAUGGUUCUCUGAGAGUAAUUGAUGAGGUGGAAUUCCACGGUGCUGAUGGUUACGGAGGCCCUUUGUAUACUGGAACUGGCUGCUUUCAUAGGAGAGACACCCUUUACGGUAGAGAGUAUAGCACGGAAGCUAGGAUUGAUUUGAAGAGUGCAUGUCCUGAGAAGAUGGAAGAAAACGUGCACGAGUUAGAAGAAAGACUAGAAAGAUUAGCUAGUUCAACGUACGACUUAAACAACACUCAAUGGGGAAAUGAGAUUGGUUUGAAGUACGGGUGCCCAGUCGAAGAUGUACUGACCGGGUUGACAAUUAAGUGUAAAGGUUGGAAAUCUGUUUAUUAUCGUCCAAAAAGGGAUGCCUUUGUAGGGGUUACUGCAACAACGUUGGAUCAAAUAUUAGUGCAACAUAAGAGAUGGUCCGAGGGCGAUUUAAUGAUUCUGUUUUCUAAGUAUAGCCCUGUUUGGUAUGGACUUGGAAAGCUCAAUCCUGGCCUUGUGUUGGGAUAUCUCAUUUACUGCCUCUGGUCUCCGAAUUGCUGGGCAACUCUGUACUACUCUAUCGUCCCUUCGUUUUGUCUACUCAAAGGAAUUCCCCUAUUUCCACAGGUCUCCAGCAAACGGUUCUUGCCAUUUGCAUAUGUGCUAAUCGCGGAACUAAUAUAUAGUUUUGCUGAGUUCCUGUGGAGCGGAGGAACAAUUCUUGGAUGGUGGAAUGAACAAAGAAUAUGGCUUUACAAGAGAACAAGCUCCUACAUGUUUGCCUUUCUUGAUACAAUGUUGAAGUUAUUUGGUUCUUCCAAUACAACAUUCAUAGUCACUCCAAAAGUCACUAGUGAAGAUGUGUUAUUGAGAUACAAACAAGAGAAAAUGGAAUUUGGAAGUGCUUCACCUAUGCUUACAAUUUUGUCAACACUGGCAAUGAUCAAUCUUUUUUGCCUAAUGGGGUUGGUGAAAAAAUUGAUAUUGACAAGAGAACUUGGAUUGGAAUAUGUAUUUGAAACUAUGGCUUUGCAAAUUUUGCUU